AAGGAAGAAAAGAAAAAAAAGAAAAGAAAAGAAAAGAAAAGAAAAGAAAAGAAAAGAAAAGAAAAGAAAAGAAAAGAAAAGAAAAGAAAAGAAAAGAAAAGAAAAGAAAAGAAAAGAAAAACGAGAGAAGGCAUCAACACACUACGUGCAAACUUUUUCUGUCUCCUUCCACCAACUCCUCCAGGAUCGCAAUGGAUUUGGAGAAGAUCUACGCGGCCACGCGGCCCGGUCGCACAGGACACGGAGGUGUGAACCAGCUGGGGGGCGUUUUCGUGAAUGGCCGCCCCCUGCCCGACGUCGUCCGGCAGCGGAUCGUGGAGCUGGCGCACCAGGGGGUGAGGCCGUGCGACAUCUCCAGGCAGCUCCGCGUCAGCCACGGCUGCGUCAGCAAAAUACUCGGCAGGUAUUAUGAAACCGGGAGCAUUAAGCCUGGAGUGAUUGGAGGAUCAAAACCAAAGGUCGCCACACCCAAAGUUGUCGAAAAAAUCGCAGAGUACAAACGCCAAAAUCCCACCAUGUUUGCCUGGGAGAUCAGGGAUAGACUCCUCGCGGAGCGAGUGUGUGAUAACGACACCGUGCCCAGCGUCAGUUCCAUUAACAGGAUCAUACGGACCAAGGUGCAGCAGCCACCCAAUCAGCAAGUCCCAGCCUCCAGUCACAGCAUAGCCUCCACAGGCUCCGUGACCCAGGUGUCCUCUGUCAGCACUGACUCUGCUGGCUCGUCCUACUCCAUCAGUGGGAUCCUGGGCAUCGCCUCUCCUGGCACCGAGAGCAACAAGCGCAAGCGCGAUGAAGGUAUUCAGGAACCUCCAGUACCCAAUGGCCAUUCUCUCCCGGGUAGAGAUUUUCUCCGGAAACAGAUGCGUGGAGACCUGUUCACCCAGCAGCAGUUAGAAGUGUUGGAUCGAGUCUUCGAGAGGCAGCAUUAUUCUGACAUUUUCACGACAACAGAGCCCAUCAAACCAGAGCAGGCAACUGAAUACUCAGCCAUGGCAUCAUUAGCUGGAGGACUGGAUGACAUGAAGGCCAACAUAAGCAGCCCAACUUCUGCAGAUUUAGGAGCAAGUGUUCCUGGACCACAGUCGUACCCUAUCGUAACAGGUCGCGAGCUGGCAAGCACAACCCUCCCAGGAUACCCUCCGCACGUCCCCCCUGCUGGACAGGGCAGCUAUUCUGCCCCUGCGCUGACAGGAAUGGUGCCUGGGAGUGAGUUUUCUGGGAGCCCAUACAGCCACCCACAGUACUCAACUUACAACGACUCCUGGAGGUUUCCCAAUCCCGGACUUCUGGGCUCUCCUUACUACUACAGUGCUGCAGCCCGUGGAGCAGCCCCACCAGCAGCUGCUGCCGCCUAUGACCGCCACUGACCUCGGACCCAAAGCUUGAGCACUUACCACAAAAUACUGCCUGGGACAACUGCAUGGAGUCACCUUGCUACAACCGUGCAAGUCAAGGAGGAAGAAAGUAAAUAGUAGGAACAAGCUCAUUGAAAUUUUACUCUUAAGACUCUGAAAACUUAACGUUGUCAUUUUCUUAAUUCUGGUGAUGUUGUCUGGGUCUGAAGUGAAACAAAGAAAUAGGAGGACAUGGUUCUCCUGGCACAUCAUGCGGUCAUAGGAAUGCAGUAGUUUCAUGUUGUUUGCAGCUGUCUGGCUACUGCUUUAAUCGCUGUGGGUACCACGGCUGUAACUGGGGAUAAGGAAGAGAUGUGGGCCUCCCUGUGCGGGAUAGCUUCCUCUUACUGCACACUGAGACAGGCUGUGAGACUCAACACAAGCUUUUUAAAUUAUUAUUAUUGCUUUUUUUUUUUUUUGUGGCAAAGAAAGAUCAGUCUGCUCAAUUUUACACAAGCAGCACUGUAAAUACUUGCUUGUUUGUACUGCUAUGAGACUGACUCUGCGUAUGCAGCAACACUGUACAAGUCUAGGUUUAAAAUGCAUCUGAAAAUGUGUUUUGAAACUGGUGCACUGAUUCAAAGAAUUCAAUAAGCUUUAAGCAACUUUGAACCAGGUUAACACUCAUUGUGGCUAUCUUUCAGGCUGAUGUUACUGCUGCACAGCAUCCUAACCAGCAGCUGUGUGUAAUCAUGCUAUAUGCUGGUACCAAACUCAUAGACAUCAGAAAGACAUGGGCAAUUUUGACACGGUUUGUUGUCUAGUAUUUGUUUGUGUUCAUUUGUCAUCAUAAUGAGCACUGAAACAAAUUCUCUGGUUUCAAGUUAAACUGCAUUCAGGAAAGAAAAAUAGUAGACACCUUAUCUACAUCUCAGCGGGUCGUCUGCUAAAACCCAGUUAUGGGCACCCUGAAACAAAGGGGGAACAUACAGCCAUACUGAUUUCUGUGAAGUGGACUAUUGACCAGAGUAUACUGAACACAUGGGCAGACACACCUGCUUUCUGAGGCGUGCUGGUCAGGGGGGUCUGUCCAUUUAAAUGAAGGUAUCUCAAGUCAUUCUAGUAACACUGAGGAGAGCAGUUUUGAAUUCGAGACUGGAGUCACAGAGAACUUUGCCCCAUUAAUCCUGCAUGUCUUGCCUUCCUACUCAAGAAAGGAGCGCGAAGGUGAGAUUUCAUUCAGUGCUCACUGCUUCCCCGAGCUAUUGAAGAGAGCAGCUUACCAAUGAUCUGGUAAGCAAUACACCAACCACUGCUUUUUCCAGGAAACAGGGAAAACUAUCCCCCAGUGCAGCUGCCUUUUGCCAUGUGUUAUGGUGUGCAUGUGCCUAGCCACUCCUGGAAGAGAGGGAAGAGCUGACCUUGCUGAGACCAGACUUACCUGCAGCCUCUGACUGCACAGCAUCGGCACUGCAAAGAGACCUGUCUGUGUUUGCCUGUGUCCUUCCCAAGGCUGAGAAGGGAUUGCUGGUGGUGUCCCACGAAUGAACAAUCAAGUAUUAAGUAUUUGCUUCCAGUUUUGCAAGCAUUUCUUUGAAAUUGCAACGUCUGAGCUAACAUUCCUCCCUGUUCUCCUUGCUGCCAGCACCUCGUGUGCCUGCCAUCAGUGAGCACUGGCAGCCUCCGUGUGUUCCCCAGUCUCAGUGGCAUGUUUUGUACCUUUUCAUGCCACAAACACACAACUGUUAGGUUCAGGUUCCAUGCUAGAUUUUCUCUGGUUCUCAAAAGCCAUGAUGAUACCUAGGUUCCACUGGCUUAAAUGGGUUCCCUAAACCAAAAUUUAAUUCUGUGAGCACGCGACAAACUUACCUGCAAGAAAAAUUGUCCUUUUCAUUUUUCAGCAUUUGAUACCUGAAACACAAACACGCACACACGUUUUUAAUUGAAAAGCACAAAACCAUCAUUUACCUGGGGAAUUUUCUGAAGCUUUGCUUUGGUGUCAUACAUACUGCAUGGCUGUUUGCACCCCAGUGGCUGGCUGGGGUUUCUUCACCCGAGCUCAGCUGAGGUGUGCACACCACAUGCAGAGGCAUAUCCCCAAAACAGCUGCCUUUUCUGUAAGCUUGGAUAGUUAGAAGGUCAUCUGACACUAGGAGAGGAGGCAAGAAACAAACAUCUGAUGGUACAACAUGAGGGUGUGGGUCAUGCCCCAAAAGCAAGGGUGGGGGUGAGCUACACGAGCUGCAGGGAUGCUACUUGACCACUGAUGAAGCUGGUCUCAAAGCCUGUGCUUGUGCCUUUCCAGUGCAGGAAGAGCAGCUCCUGUUGAUUAUAUGUAUGUGCUUGCACCAGUUCUGAGUACUACCCAGCAAGCAUUUUUUAAAAGCUUAGUUUUUCAUUCCCUGGUGGUAAAUAUCUUAUAUGGCUUUAGUCAGGUUAACACUGAGAAGGCUAAACAUAAGACAUGAAAUUUCAACAGAUGCUAUUAUGCUCAGGACAGAAACUCUUGUAGUUAGUCAAUGGACUUAUGAAAAACAUGGUUUGUAUGUAAGUCGCUCCAAAAGUAAUGCCUCUUAUUAAUUUUCAUGGAAAUUACAACAGCUGUAAAGAGCACAAUAACACCUUUUGAUAGAGCAAAUUCUCAGCUACAAAACACUAUCUUUCGACUGAGUCACCACUGUUAACCAUUUUGAGUGGAUGAGCUUAUUUGGAGACUCUUCCUUUUGUGGUGUGACAUCUGUGCACAGCUAUUCAGAACAUGGCUUGUCUUUCAAGUCAGUGCCACUACUGCUGAAACACAACACCCACUGCUUCGUUGUGCUCACAUCCACUCUUUGGUUUCUGUGUAUGUUCAGCAAGCAUCUAUGAAAGUCAACUGCUGCAAUUUUUUUUUGAGUGGAGGAAUUCUGUGGCACAGCUUUGCUUCAUAUGUACUUCCAUGUCAGACGUCAUUUUGUAAGAGAGCCCCUCUGCUGCCAUCUGUCUCAUGGCAACAAAAUGGAGAAGAAUUUUGGUAGGAAGGUUCAACCUCUACUGUUAUAUCUCCAACAUCCACCUGUGAUUUCUUGGGCCAACAUAAUAAAACAGGAGGCUUUACUUUUGGAGCAACCGUCAUACAUUACAAGGAUGCAUGCCUGUGGACUAAGUGACCUAAGGUGUUUACACUCAGCCCUUGAUUUGCCUUAGUGUUUACAUCAAGAAUCCUUAAGGGUUGGUCCUUGGCCAGAGUUGUCCUGCAGUGCAUGGUGGAGGCCUGCAUCCACUGAGCCACAGCUUGGGUAAGAGGCAGAGAAGGUGCAGGUGCACAGGCCUUGCACAAGUCCUCCCUCUGCCUGCGCAUUCCAGCUCACAACCACAGAUGAACCACAGAUGCUCACCGUUGCACGUGUUCAGCAGGGAUCUGUGUCUGGUCCACCUCCCUCAAACACUGCUGAGGAUUCCUUGGAGGUGUGGCUCAUUUGUGUAAGCUCAGGUUGUUUCUCUGCGAGAAACAAGCAGGAUUUAGCCUGCUAAGCAUGCAUGCCAUCCAUACUUCCAGAAAACACACUUGUCAGUGCUUUGUAUUUUUGACAGUAACAAAGUCAACCAUGUAUAUGCCCUCUCCAACAGCCAGCUACUCUGCAACAGGCCUGGCUGAGAAGAUGUGAGCAAGGCCUUCAACAUGCAUGCUAUGUUCACAUGUGCUGGCUGCAGGGGAGGAUGUAGAACAAAGUGGAGACUGGAAGCAAGUGGCCACUUGGUGUUGCAAAGGGAUGGGAAUGUGAGCAACACCAUUAUUAAUCUGCUGAGCCUGGUUCAGUUUUGUAGAUUAGCUUCAUGGGUCAUUUUCAUGCACCCAGAAACACUGGUGUUGGGGCACGGGAGGCGCUGCUGUUGUUUGGUUUGGGCAGGAUGUCCUGUAGCAUGGGACAUCAUUGCCAACCUCUUGCAGAACUCAGCCCCACAAAAGUGCCUUCAGGCAGUUCCACCGCUGAGCUCUUUUGUGCAGCUAGAUUGAUGGUGUUUCAUGUAGUAUGCAUUCCAGUAUUGCAUUCCAGCAAUAGCUUGCCAGCUCCGACAGGCCUAAAAAUAAAGGCUAGAGGUGGAGAGAGAAAAUACUGACAUAAAAUUGAAUCAAUAAAAGCUGUGAACUGGUGUUACAUGAAUUGUUGAGGAAACCCUUGGUUCUGUGCUGUAAAUGUAGCCAUAAAGAAGUCAUGCUGUGGGCACUGAGUUUAGCGUUUAUGCCCAAAGAUUUGACUUCAGAGGCACUGUUGUAAGAUGGCACCCAUCACCUGCAGAUUUAGACACAGGCCAAGACAGGAUCCCUAGACUAAAGUCCUUGUUACCUAUCCGGUCAGGAAAAUGCUCCAGGAUCUGGGGCCGUGAGGUCAGAAAGCAGGUGUUUCAUUCAGAAACGUAGAGAUGUCAAAGCAGAACUUUCAGGAAUGGUGGAACUGCAGGCUCUGGAGAGAGCCUCGGUGCUGUAGAUUGGUGUGAAGGAAACAGCAAAGAAGGACAGAGUACCAGGAGAAAAAAAACAAAAAAAGAAAAAAGAACAAAAGAGAAGAGGCAAGCUGAAAGGAAAGUGAAGUUCAUGAGAGAACUGCUGGACUUCUGUCAUCUUUCUACAUAACAUGUAUGUUGCAAUGGCUGUGCACUGAGGAGGGUGCAGAGGAGUUCACUUGCUGCACUGCAGAGUGCUGGCAGCAGCUUUCUGUUUAUAUGCAUUCUCCCAUACACUGCCUUGACUGAUGGGAUUGUAUUCUACUUUAAAAUUUUCUUUAUUUUUUUCUCUUUUACAAGUCCUUUAUCAUGAAAGAGAAUUGAAGCCAUGCUACGUUAUUUCCAAGCAUGACUAUCCAACAGUUCCAAGUGUUACGGCACACAGCCCAGAUAACUUGUGGGGCUGGCUGCUGGGGCAAUGUAGAGGCUUCAGCAAAGUGUCCUCCAUGGUUCUGCAUUCUUUCCUGCAUGUUUAUGCGCGCAUGUUUCCCUAAAACUGGGACAUUGUGACAUUGGUUCAUGAUGGGAGCACAGCAUUAAACUUGACCCAUCCUGUGACUCCAUCCCUGCAGUGCUGGGAAAACUGCUUCUUCUUAUGGAUUCACUGAGAAAAUGACAAGAGAGCUCCAGAUGGCCAGCAGCUCCCAGGCUGUGCCCUGCAGUCUUGUGCAGAGCAAAAGCUGUGCCAGGUUGGGCUGCUCACAGUGACACAGGUGCUGGCUCUCAUUCUGAUCCCCAGCAGUUGCUCUGCACUGAAGGUAGAGAGCUGAAUGACAGUGAAUGACUCAAGACUCCAGCAAGAGAACUGCUGUGCCCUCAGGCAGAAAUCCACUUGAUUAAAAACAAGCAGUAUUUCUUUUCUGGUGGAGUUAAUCACAGAAUCACUAAGGUUGGGAAAGACCUUUGAGAUCAUCCAGUCCAACCUUAAACAAGACUUGCAAAUACUGAGCAGAAAGCAUCUUUGGGAGGUGCUCAGUGCAAGCCAAGUGCUGUGUCAGCAUGGCAGUGAGCGUGAGCAGAGUGUGCAGAGACUGAUGUGCACACGUGUGAGCACUCAUAGGCCCACGAGCACCUCUGGGUCUGUGCCCACUGCAGCGCCUGCUGACAGCCUCCCGUGCCACUGCUAACCGCGCCAUUGGACUCCUGCAGCCAGGUUUAUGAGUAACCUUGUAAAUGGAGACGGAAAAAUGGUCAGUGGGUGUUUAGAUCUUUCUAUUGCUUCAUUCAGCCUUGUAGUGCAAAGAAACUUUGUCCUGGUUUUUCACUUUCUAGUGGCCUUUGUACAUUCUGGAAUUACAGAAAAUCAUUUCACUGCAAAUGGAAUUUACUUUCAAGAACAAAAAAAAAGAGAACAGGCUUUUUUUUUUUUUUCUUUUUUUUUUUUUCCAUAGAGAUAAACUACUUUCUAUUAGGAACUUCUAGCAACAAAGAAAUACAUACAUAUCUAUCGUAUCCACCAAAGUCUGCAAUGCCUGCAUUGAAGCUUACUUCUUGUAAGAGGAAAAGAAAGAGAGGAGAGGGGAAAAAAAAAAAAAAAAGCCUCCUUUCCUUAAAAAAUGCAUAAAAA